CAGAACCAUGGCCGAAUAUUCCUAUGUGAAGUCCACCAAACUCGUGCUCAAGGGAACGAAGGCUAAGAGUAAGAAGAAAAAGAGUAAAGAUAAGAAGAGAAAGAGAGAAGAGGAAGAAGAAACUCAGCUUGAUAUUGUUGGAAUCUGGUGGACAGUAACAAACUUUGGUGAAAUUUCAGGAACCAUAGCAAUUGAAAUGGAUAAAGGAACCUAUAUACACGCACUUGACAAUGGUCUUUUUACAUUGGGAGCCCCACAUAAAGAAGUUGAUGAGGGUCCUAGUCCUCCAGAGCAGUUUACAGCUGUCAAAUUGUCUGAUUCCAGAAUUGCCUUGAAAUCCGGCUAUGGAAAAUAUCUUGGUAUAAAUUCAGAUGGACUUGUUGUUGGGCGUUCAGAUGCAAUUGGACCAAGAGAACAAUGGGAGCCAGUCUUUCAAGAUGGGAAAAUGGCUUUAUUGGCCUCAAAUAGCUGCUUUAUUAGAUGCAAUGAAGCAGGUGAUAUAGAAGCAAAAAGCAAAACAGCAGGAGAAGAAGAAAUGAUAAAGAUUAGAUCCUGUGCUGAAAGAGAAACCAAGAAAAAAGAUGACAUUCCAGAAGAAGACAAAGGAAAUGUUAAACAGUGUGAAAUAAAUUAUGUAAAGAAAUUUCAGAGCUUCCAAGACCACAAACUUAAAGUAAGUAAAGAAGACAAUAAAAUUCUUAAAAAGGCUCGGAAAGAUGGAUUUUUGCAUGAGACGCUUCUGGACAGGAGAGCCAAAUUGAAAGCUGAUAGAUACUGCAAAUGACCAAGAGUUUUGUUUGUCUUAUCCCUUUUUUUUUUUCUGAAUAAAAUAUU